GCUCCGGCUUGCGGGUUCAGCGGCGUCAGGCGGGUCUCCCUGCGGGCGACCGCGGCCAGGAUGGGCCGAAAGGUGACCGUGGCCACCUGCGCGCUCAACCAGUGGGCCCUGGACUUCGAGGGCAACUUGCAGAGGAUCUUGAAGAGUAUUGAGAUUGCCAAGAGCAGAGGAGCGAGAUACAGGCUUGGACCCGAGCUGGAAAUCUGCGGCUACGGAUGCUGGGACCAUCAUCACGAGUCCGACACGCUCUUGCAUUCCUUCCAAGUGCUGGCUGCGCUUCUGGAAUCUCCAGUCACUCGGGACAUCAUCUGCGACGUGGGCAUGCCCGUGAUGCACCGAAAUGUCCGCUACAACUGCAGGGUGAUCUUCCUCAACAGGCGGCUCCUGCUCAUCAGACCCAAGAUGGCCUUGGCAAACGAAGCCAACUACCACGAGCUGCGCUGGUUCACCCCGUGGUCUCGGAGCCGGCACGUGGAGGAGUAUUUUCUCCCCAGGAUGCUGCAGGAGCUGACCAAGCAGGAGACCGUGCCCUUCGGGGACGCGGUGCUGGCCACGCAGGACACCUGCAUCGGGAGUGAGGUCUGUGAGGAGCUCUGGACGCCCCACAGCCCGCACGUGGACAUGGGCCUGGACGGUGUGGAGAUCUUCACCAAUGCCUCUGGCAGCCACCACGUGCUACGCAAAGCCCACGCCAGGGUGGAUCUGGUCACCAUGGCCACCACCAAGAGCGGCGGGAUUUACCUGCUGGCCAACCAGAAGGGCUGUGACGGGGACCGCCUCUACUACGACGGCUGCGCCCUCAUAGCCAUGAACGGCAGCAUCUUCGCACAGGGCUCCCAGUUCUCCCUGGAGGACGUGGAAGUCCUCACUGCCACCUUGGACCUGGAGGACGUCAGGAGCUACCGGGCGGAGAUUUCGUCCCGAAACCUGGCGGCCAGCAGGGUGAGCCCCUACCCCCGGGUGAAGGUGGACUUUGCCCUCUCGCACACCGACGACUUGCUAGAGCCGGUGUCCAUGCCCGUGGAGUGGGCCUACCACAGCCCUGAGGAGGAGAUAAGCCUCGGGCCCACCUGCUGGCUCUGGGAUUUCUUAAGACGCAGCCAGCAGGCGGGGUUCUUCCUGCCCCUGAGCGGGGGCGUGGACAGCGCCGCCACCGCCUGCCUGGUCUACUCCAUGUGCCAUCAGGUCUGUGAGGCCGUGAGGAGCGGAAAUCAGCAGGUGCUGGCCGAUGUCCGGGCCGUCGUGGACCAGAGCAGCUACACGCCCCAGGACCCCCGGGAGCUCUGUGGGCGCGUCCUGACCACCUGCUACAUGGCCAGCGAGAACUCCUCCCAGGAGACGUGCAGCAGGGCCCGGGAGCUGGCCCAGCAGAUCGGAAGCCACCACAUCGAUCUCAACAUCGACCCCGCCGUGAAGGCCGUGGUGGGCGUCUUCAGCCUGGUGACCGGGAAGAGGCCCCGCUUUGCAGCUCACGGAGGAUGCAGCAGGGAAAACCUGGCCUUGCAGAACGUGCAGGCCCGCCUCCGCAUGGUCCUCGCCUACCUGUUCGCCCAGCUGAGCCUCUGGUCUCGGGGCGCCCGCGGGGGAUUGCUGGUGCUCGGCUCCGCCAACGUGGAUGAGAGCCUGCUGGGCUACCUGACCAAGUACGACUGCUCCAGCGCGGACAUCAACCCCAUCGGGGGCAUCAGCAAGACGGACCUGAGCUCCUUCGUCCGCUUCUGCGUCGGGCGCUUCCAGCUGCCGGCCCUGCAGGGGAUCCUGUCGGCACCGGCCACCGCAGAGCUGGAGCCCUUGGCCGACAACGGACAGGUGUCGCAGACAGAUGAGGAGGACAUGGGCAUGACAUACGCAGAGCUCUCCGUGUACGGGCGACUCCGGAAGAUCUCCAAGAUGGGGCCCUACAGCAUGUUCUGCCGGCUGCUGCACCUGUGGCGAGGCGCCUGGACCCCCAGACAGGUGGCUGAGAAGGUGAAGCGGUUUUUCUCCAAGUACUCCGCGAACAGGCACAAGAUGACCACGCUGACGCCCGCCUACCACGCCGAGAGCUACAGCCCAGACGACAACAGGUUCGACCUGCGGCCGUUCCUGUACAACACCCACUGGCCCUGGCAGUUCCGGUGCAUAGACCGCCAGGUCCUGCGGCUGGAGGGCACACCACAGCCGGCCCUGGACACUCCCGACUGACGGCGUGGGAUCCCGCCAGCUUUGUUGCAUCGUCCACGCCUCCAUUGCAGCCGCUUCAACAUGCGGGGGGGCGGGGCCGGGGUCUGUUCACAGCCAGGGCCUCACUCAGGCGUCAAUAAAGCGAUCGCU